AUGGCUAAGCAGGACAUAAGCGCCUCACAAAGCCCGGGGCGGAAUCACAACAAAUGUGGGAAGAAAUGUGGAGAUUGGCAUGAGUUUCCAAAUAGAGAUCCGAAUACAGGUGAUCAAUACAAGAUGAAGCAAGUACAAGUAAAAAGGAGAGCGGCUCCAAAAAUUACGGCAGGAGUUGUAAAUUCCGUUCACCCUCAGAAAGUAUAUCACGGUUACAAUAAAAUUAUAAUUGAUGGCCUUCCUGAACCAGUUUCAAUGCUUCCUCGUUGUCUAAGCCGGGUUAAAAAAUAG